GUAAUAUACAUAUUAUUGUAUUACAAUUUAUGUUCACUUAAAAGUAAUAUUGUAUAAAAAAUGUUUGUUAGAUUUUUAUAUAUUCUUUUAAUUAAUAAACAAAUAACUAUAUUUUGUUUCCUAAUUAGCACGAUUAUAUACAUAUAAAUAUACGUGUGUUUGCAGUAAUGUUCAGUAUUGUAGUAAUAACAUUCCAAUGAAAUUUACAUAAGAUAUAUGGAUAUUAUUUUUUACAACUAUUUGUGACACAGUUAUUCAUCAGUAAUUUUUUAAUUAUAUAUAAUAUCAUUUAUAAUAAUUCUACUUCCUUUGUAGUAUUUAUUUUGAAUUAUAGUAGGCAUUGAAUUAUAUGGCACCUAAGAUUUUUUUAUAUAAUAAUGAGAGCCAUAAAGAUACAAAAUGUUAUUAAAUGAGGUAUUUCGCCGCGGUUUCUAAUAUUAUUUUAUUAUCUUCCCAUGUAAAGUUAAAUACGACACAAUGAAUAUGCAUACUCAUACAAAUUGAAAGAUAUUAGAUAUAUGAUACUAAAUGAUAGGUACCUAUAUAAUAAAAAGUUGUAUAGUAAGAAUUUGUAUGUACUUAUAAAUUAUCAUUGAAGAUAAAUUGUGUACCCAGCUGAGACACUUGUCAGAGUACUUCUUUUUUUAUGUAACACAGCAUGCAUUGAACUGGUUAGUGUGCCUGUAGAUCAUAUUAGUUAACAUGCAUAGUACUCUACAAAUGAUACAGUUAUAUAGGGUACAAUCUGUUUAUAAGCGACUUUAGAAUUUAAACACCUCAUAUAAAUAAUCAAUAUUGUACAUACAAAUAAGCACUAAUUGAUAAUUAUCACUUUAUAUUAGAUCAACUAUGCCUACAUUCCUUGUACAAUUUGUAUAAUACAUAUCUUUUAGGUGCAUAUAGAAUUAUAUCAAAGAAUAUACUACAUACACCUUGGAGAUAUGAAAGCCAAUAAUAAUACAAAUGUGCAUACGAAAUACAAUGCACUCAUUAAGUAAGAUAUACUUUCAAUUUGAUAUAUAUUAAAAUUGAAAAGUGUGAAAAGUAAUAGUGAAUGUGUCAUUCACUUAAUAUACUUAUUGACUACUAAAAGAACUAACUAAACAUUUUAAGGAUAUGUAUUGUUAAUUUAUUAUUAAUAAGUAGUGCCUGAAAUUACUAUAUGGUACGCAUAGUGAGUUGGAUUAGAUCAGUAUUCAUCCCUCACAUAUAAGGCAAAGUUGCCACAUGAAAAUUGGAGUAUGAAAGUAUAAACAUAGGAGACAGUUGGUAGUAUGCACUCAAAAAGUGCAAAAUUCUCUUACAUAUAUGUAGUAUGAGUAAUACAAAUCUUAAUGACAGGUAAUAAUUAACAUAUGGUUUUAAUUUUACAUUAAAAAUCAAUCAAAAUCUAUCUAUAUGUUAUGUAUAUUUUAUACUAUGUUUUAUACAAAUCAAAAGUAAUGUCUUUAUUUCUACAAUUAUACAUGAAAUCACAUCAGCAUGAAAAAUAUAUAUGAAUUUUCUUUUAAAAAGGUACAAUUGGAUAAACAUGAUACUUUCCUGAUUGAUAAAGAUCAGUAUUGUAGGAUAUACUGCAAUGUACAUAAAAUACAGUAGGAAUAAAAUAAAAAGGAAAGUGCUUCUAAAGCAUCAUUUUUUACAAUGGAAUGUUUUUAAAUUGUUAAAUUUGUAGUAAUAGUAUAGUUUUACCAAUAGAUCUAUUUGAUCUAUUAUACUAAUACCAGUGGUAUAUUAUCUAUAAAAUGUAUCCGGAUUGAUUUGAUUUAAAAUGCUAAUAUGACAUUUCACUAGUGAGAUCUUUGUUGAGAAAAGAUUUAUGGAAGUUCAGUAUGCAUUUGAAUCUUUGUUAAGUACAGAAAAGUGACACAUUAUUACAUGAAAUAAAUCAUUUGAGAGAUCUUACAUUUUAUAAUAUAUAUAUAUAUAUAUAUACAUAUAUAUUAUGUAAUAUAGAAAAAGAUUUAGGUAAAUUGGUUAUAUCACAUAAUAAUAUCAAGCUAAAUAAUUUAUAAUGGGUAUACCUUUCUGUGCCAUACAAAGACAUUUUGCGGUGCUAGUAUCACAUAUUUAAUGUAAGUGACACAAAAAUUCAAAAUGCUUCCAAAAUAAUCGAGAAACGUUUAACAAAAUUUUAGAAUGCUAAUAUCAAUAACUGUUAAUAGUUACGAUAAUUUAAUUCUAUAAGAUAUAAUGCUCGGCAGCUAUCAAUGUAUGAAUUGUAUAACGGCGUACGAUCGCCACCUGUGCUAGUCUAAGCUAUAUUUAUUUUUUAUAUAUUAUGACUUGUUUAGAUUAAAUUAUAUAGAAGAAGAAUCAGAUUUUGUAUUCUAUCAGAUGCGAUAACAUAACAUACAUAUUCAAUGGUGUGUUUAAAGUAAUUGCACAUAAAAAACAUCUAUCGGUUAUAUAAUUUUUUUUUUUUUUUUUUUUUUUGUUAACAGUAUUAAUAUAUUUGACGAAAUGUUCAAAUGCUAUAUGAUGCACAUAGAAAUUAUUUGCAUAAACAGAAUUGUGCGAUUUAUAUUUUAAUUCUCUCUCAUAUUCUUAAAUAUAAUAUGACCAAAUCACACACAUACACGACACACACACAACACACACAUACUGAACCUAUCUCUUAUAAAAUAAAAUUAGAUUGUAAAUAUAUAAUGAUAUAACUCACAUUCAAACUUGCAUGUGUUGCUUACAAUCUAAUAAUUUGUACAAUAACAUUCAUGACCAAGAAAUUAAUUGUAAAUGAAAUGUCUGAUCGAAUAUUUGUACUGUGAUAGUUCCCCUCAUGUUUGUACGUGUACCCGUCUGUAGUUGGAUAAUGUAGUUUUACUUAAUAUAUAUAUAUAUAUAUAUAUAUAUAUAUAUAUAUAUAUGUAUAUAAUUUUAUUAUGACGGGGAGAUAUCGCAGUUCUUCAAAUAUACAUAUAUAUAGAUCAUUUUCAUAGAAUUGCAUUUUUAUUUAAUUUCUUGUUUUUAUUAUGGGCAGGCUUAUAAAAGAAUGAGAGAAGAAAAAUAACUCAUGAUUCCGUAUAAAUAUGAGAAUUAUUUAAACUACUCGAUAGUCAUAAGAGUAUUAUUAAGCAGCUGAGUGCAAUGUGUUCCACGUGUAUUUUAAGCAACAAAUGAUUGCUUUGGUGUGCGCCUUAAAUAAAAGUAACGCAAAGUGGAUCUUCGAAUAUUAAGAUAUCCACAAAAAAACAUGAUGAUAAAAGAACUUUAAAAUAAUUAUUACAAUAAAAAAGAAUUCAGAUAUAAUAUUGGACAUUGCAAUUUAAGCUUUUUCUUUUUUUGUUUUUGUGGACACAAAAGAUUUAAUUUAACACUAAUUUUACAUUAGCAAAUGAAAAAUAAUUUCUUAUUCCCAAUUGCUCGUAUAAAAAUGCUUGAGAUAUAAUAGAAUACGAAACGUGAAAGAACAAUUUUCAAUAUGACAUGUAUGCACUAAAAACUCAUGUAUUUUUUCAAGUAUUGUACAUUAUUCUAUAAAUAUUAGUUAUAUAAAUUAUAAAUAAUAAUCGGACUAUAUGCAUUAUAAUAAUAAUUAUUAUUAUGAUAACAUCAUGCGUAUAUUAUACGCAACGUAUUAUUAUUAUUAUUAUUAUCAUUAUUAUUAUUAUUAUUAUCAUUAUUACUAUUAUUAAUUAUUAAUUAUUAUCAUUAUAAUAAAUGAUUUUAAAUAACGACGAAAAGGUUAUUGAAUUCUUAGCUUCUGUUAUCCUUUUUUUAUUGAGAAUGUUAGAAAAAAUCGAACCAAAGAUAUUUACUCUACGUCAGUAAUUUCGGAUUUUUUCAACCGCAAGAAUGUACAAUGCUUGCUACAGUGUAUUAUAUUCAUUAAAGAAUAAAACGUAUUUAUCACCGUUUGCGAUUGUGCAAGUCAACGAUAUUCUACUGUCAACUUGUAUUUUAUUUAUAAAACUUCAAUAAGCAAAACAAAUUUUUAGUUUAUUUACUGUUAAUACCAUAAAGUGAUAUUAAAAAUUUUUUUAAACUAAUAAAUCAUAUUUCUAUUUUAACAAUAAAACGACAGUUAAAUAAUAUACAAAAUAAAGAAACAUUAAAUUUAAAAAAUAUCAUGGAUUCUUAUGGCUGUGGAUGUAAAAAUGCUGUUAUCAUAGAGGGAAUAUUUGGAGAAAUUUAUCCUGAUAUAACAAGUUACAAAGAAGAGGCUAUGAACUAUGAGAAUGAAUCCUUCGAAUCCUUAAUCAAAGAUACUGAUCGAAGUUUAAGUGAAUUAAAGCCUAUAAGUGUUAAGUCUUAUACCAUGAUAAAUAAUAAUCGAAUGGAAGUUACUGUUAUUACAUGGGGUGCAUCUAUCGUAUCCCUCAAAUGUCCUGAUAAAUUUGGUCAUAGUACAGAUAUUGUUCUUGGUUUUGAUGAUUUAAAAAGUUACAUGAAUCCUGUACUUAAUCCAUUUAUUGGAUGUGUAUUAGGCAGAUGUGCAAAUCGUAUAAAAAAUGGUUGUUUUAGUAUUAAAGAUAAAGAUUAUGAAUUAACUAAGAAUGAUAAUAAUCAUCAUAUACAUGGAGGGACAAAUGGUUUUGGUCGACAAAUAUGGAAUUCGCAUAUUGAUGACUGUUCUGUUGUUAUGAGUUAUUUAAGUGAAGAUGGAGAAGAAGGAUAUCCUGGUGCAGUUUUAGCUACAGUAAGAUUCAAAUUAACACCUGAUAAUAAAUUGGAAAUACAUAUGCGUGCAACAACAUCUAAGACAACUAUAAUAAAUAUGUCACAUGGUUCUUUGUUUAAUCUUGCUGGACAUGAUGCUGGUGAAGUAGAAUUAAAAAAACAUAAAAUAUUGUUGAACUGUGAUCGCUGGACUUUCUCAGAUUACUCAGAUUCUAUACCAACAGGAGCUAUCAGAGGAGUAGGUGGAACAGUUAUGGAUUUUCGUAUACCAAGACUUCUGGGAGAAUAUAUGGAAAAAGUUCCUCCAGGAGAAGGUUUUGAUCACAACUUUUGUGUAACAAAAAAUUGGCAAUCUGAUAGUUCAUUCGUUGCUCGAGCAUUACAUAUGAAAUCCGGACGUGUUCUAGAGGUCUAUUCAGAUCAGCCUGGUCUUCAAUUUUAUACUGGAGGGCGUUUAUUACAACAAUUUACUCCUUCCACAUUUGUAACAUAUGAUCAUUACCUGCAUCAACAAAAGUUGAAGACAAAUGAAGAUAUUAACAAUUACUUGAACAUGAAUGAAGAAAGUAAAGAGAAUGGAGAGGAAUUGUUAACACCUGAUGUAAGACCACUACAGUUUCUUACAGGAAAAAGAGGAGCACAUUAUAAAAAAAAUUGUGCUUUUAGUAUUCAACCUCAGAAUUAUCCAAAUGCUAUUAAUUAUGCACAUUUUCCAUGUGCAAUUUUGUAUCCAGGUCAAGUCUAUUGUCAUGAUCUCACAUAUAAGUUUGGAGUACAACUUGCUAAUUAUAUGUAAAGAUAUGGAAAUAUAUAACACACAAAAGAAGACAUAAACAAUAUUAAAAUAGCAAAAAAUUUAGCUACUGCACCUAUUGUAUUUCCAAAUGAAUGACUGACUGUUAAUGAGCGCUGAAUCCAUCGAGGUAGUGCCUGCACUUUGUAACGGUAACGUACAUCAACUAAUAUUACACUUGAAUAAUCAUUGAUAUGACGUACAGCUCGUCCAAUACAUUGAUUUACUGCUUUCAUACAGGAAUUUUCAUAGAAGUUUUGUCCAGCAUCUGAUCUCUAUUUAAAAAUAUUUUUUAAAGAACGAUAACGUGUUCAAAAGUUCUGUUUGAAUAUAUUUAAAAGUUAACUUUGAAAUGAAGAUUAAUACAUACAACAUUUUCAUUUAAAUAUUUGAUCUUUUCUUGUAAUUCGAUCGAUUUAAUAUUAGGAUAUGGCAUUCCAAUAACAAUAAUACAUCUUCCCAAAUUAUCAGAAAAAUUUAAUCCUUCACUUAGUUUGCCACCUAAAACAAAAUGCAUACAUAUUGUACAUCUAUAUGUUUGUAAUUUGAUAUAACAAUAGUUAAUUGUAGAAAAAUGUCCAUAAUAAAGUAUUUUGUAUUACCAAUAA